AUAUUGCCAAUGAACCUGUUGGGACAGACUAAAGUUCAGCAUGAAAAAGUAAUCAAUAUAAACCGACAGAUAAAGGUUUGUCUUCUGCUGUGCUUCACUGUCUACUUUCAUACGGGUUAUCUGGCCACUGAAGAAGGUAGAGGUCUAUGAUGGAAAGAUAUUUGAAGAGCGUGAUAGUCAUAACUAUCUUGGUUUUGAUAACGUCGUUCCCUGAGGUUAUGUCAGAUGCCACCACCACGUGCUCCGCGGUACAAGGGCCACCAGGUCUUAAUGGAAGAGACGGAAGAGACGGACUCAAUGGACUCAAUGGACUCAAUGGACCUAAAGGAAAACCAGGAGCUCCCGGUCAACCAGGAAAUCCAGGGAUCAGGGGUAUGGUCGGACCCCCUGGAAAAGUCGGACCAAAAGGAGAACAGGGACAAAAGGGAACAAACGGCCUUCCAGGUUUAAAAGGAGAAAAAGGAAAUCCAGGCUCGACUGAUGAUUUGAGAAAUCGGGUAAUACAAUUGGAAAAUAGUAUUUCCGUGCUGAAGAAUGUUCUUGUGUUACAAAAUGAUCUAGUCACCGUUGGGAACAAAAUGUAUGUGAAACUCAAACAAACCGGUACCUUUGUAACAGUGAAGUCCAUCUGUGAGAGACACGGGGGGAUUGUUCCUUCUCCAAUGAACGACGAAGAGAAUGGGGUCUUGCACGUCCUGGCACAGGAAAUACCAAGACAGGCAAUAUACCUUGGAGUAAACGACAGGGAGAAAGAAGGAACUUAUGUGCAUCCCGACGGGACGGAAGCGACCUACGUGAACUGGAGAGCCACGGAGCCAAAUGGGGGUCAAAUAGAGAAUUGUGUAAUGAUCUAUUUGGAAGGGAAAUGGAUUGAUGUUAAUUGUAACAGUGUAAAACAAGUCAUUUGCGAGUUUAAAUUAUGAGGAUGAAAUUUUAGGUGUAUUUGUGUUUUUUUGGGGAAAAUGCCAUAAAAUUAUCAUUAGAUUGGGGAAAAAAAAACAAAAAGACAAAGAAAUGUGCUAAUGCCCUUGUCCACCCAUGGACUAUGGACAUACAAGGGACCUUAAAGUGUUUCAUUGCAGUCUCUUAGUGUGGUAGCUGACAUUCUGAUCUUCUCCAGCUGGUAUCACUCCAUCGUUACACGAUCGCACGAGCUCCUCGGCAUUCCAAAAGGUUGUUAGAAGAGUUACGAGUGACUUUUCUCCUACCUUUCCCCCCGCCCAUAUCUCACAAAUUGAUCGGAGCGGCACCAUUAUUGAAGGUAUUCGCCCCAAAGCACCACCAGUCGGAUGUUGGAGUGGUCACCAGUGGAAGCUUGGUCAACUUUGACCAACACUGAUGGAUGGUAAGGAAGUGGAGGUGGCUUUCACUGUUAACGUCAUGUGCUUUAUCCAAAAAAUAGUUGGUCGGGGUGGUCUGGUCAAUGAAAGCCACAUGAGAUGGCCUGGAAAAGAAAUGUCGCACACAUUAGAAUAAAAUCUAAUGGAGUUGUCCUUGUCUACUCUUGAAGCAACUGGUUGUCCAAAAAAAAAAAAAGCCUUCUUUGUCUGGGUUAUCAUCCGCAUUCCAAAUAAUGACUUUCUAGCUCAAUGAAAAUAUGGUGAUGGAACACUGUGGCUUUUUCGAACAGCUCCAAUUAUCUGGUGUCAUGAGAAAUCUACGGUGAUGGUAACUUGGAGAGACUCCUCCUUAGGAAGGAUCACCCUAAAAGUGGCAUGGGUUAUAUUAUGACUGAAAUAGUUGUGUUUAACAUUAUCUAUAAGAUACUAUGAAAAAAGUCUGCAUUGCUUCA